AUGGAUACGUCCACCGGCAGCUCUUGCCCCGGCAGAAUUUCGGCCAAGGUCGAAGCCAAGUCGCGGCAUCCGAACAUUGAUUUCACCUUUGGGGAGACAUGGACGCAGGAUGAUUUGGACGAACUAGACAUCCUGGUCUGGAACGAUGACGAGCCAGAAGAAUUCUACGCAAAUUACCAUGAAGGGGGGCUGCAUCCAGUCCGUAUUGGAGAUCAACUCGCCGAUGGGAGAUACACAAUUUUCCACAAGCUUGGCCGCGGAAGCUUUUCAACGGUGUGGCUUGCGCACGACGAGAAGAUGAACUGCAAUGUCGCGAUCAAGAUUACCGGAGCCCAAUUUACCAAGUCGUCAAACGAAGCCGAUGUUCUCAAGUUCAUCUCAAGCAGCGAAAUUCCAAACACUGGCCGCAAGUACCUGCAAACCCUUCUACACCACUUUCACCACCAAGGGCCCAACGGAACCCACAGCUGUCUCGUGAGCAAGCCGGCUUCGUUUACAGUUGCCCAAGGCCUGUUACGGAUGAAAAAGAGACGAGCUUUGCCUGCGGAAGUAGCCCGAGCUAUCACGGCCCAAAUCAUCAUCGGUUUGGACGCUUUGCAUUCUAUCGGCAUCGUUCAUGGAGAUCAGACAUUCGAAACGAAGACCAUCGAAGAGAUAUACAAAUCAUACGAUCGCCCUCCCAAAAUUCCACUGCACUUGUACCAAGCAGCAACUCUCAGGAAGCCCCCGAUCCCCGAUAACGCGCCGCCAUACAUCGUUUCGAGCUUGUACGCCAUAGGAGGAUUCGAUACUAUUGAGCUUCCGGGCGCAGAGGUAAUGAUUGGUGACUUCAGCGAGUCAUGGAGACCAUCGCAGGAGACGAAGCACGAACUUACAACGUGGCCUCCCUUUCGAGCACCCGAAUCAUUGUUUGGGAAGAGACUCAACAUCACCAUGGAUCGACCUGCAGAUGUCUGGUCUCUCGGGUGUCUCAUAUACCAGGUGUUUGGAGUUAGGGUCAUUUUGGAUACGGUGCAUUAUGACCCCGAGGUCAAUUUCGCAAGAACGGUCGGAAUGAUUGGAAAGCCACCAAAGCAAUGGUGGGAUCUGUCGAAGAAAAAGGACGGGUUGGACAGCAAUGAGGGCGACAUUGAUGUAGCCCACGAUGAUUUGGACGAAAGCGGAACCAUUGACGACGAAACUAAAGCAUCAUUGAGACGGCGGGUGAAGGUUUGGCUCCCGAAAGAUCGCGGUUAUGAUCCGGAUCAUGUGAUGGACGAGGAGCUCGAAGACUUGUUGGCUCUUCUGGAAUCCAUCUUUCACUGGCUUCCUAAUGAAAGAGCGACUGCUUCUGAUCUCGUAUCCUCACUUUGGAUGAAGAAAUGGGGACUACCAGCCAUGGAGGCCAUGAAGAAGGGAAGACAAGCGAAGAACAAGGAGGUUGGAAAGGCAUGA